AAAAACCAUAAUGAUCUAUGGUGUUCAGUGUGCGUUUGAGCUGACCGCGGUACUAUAAUAUUAACUAUACAUUAUCGACCCGCACUUAAAUAUAACAACGAUUGAAUAAUUAUAUAAUAUUUUAAAUAAAUUAUGUCGUCGUUGUAGCCGCGUACUGUAAUAUUGUUGCAGUCCCUUAUUGUGGCUGUCGCUGUUGCUGUCGUCGCGAUCGUAACCCACAAAAAGGACCAUAAUAAUAUUAUUAUGAUGCCGUCGACGGCGAUGAUCGUCGUGGCCGCAGCUCUCAUGUCGUUUUCAGGUUCGCUCCCGUGCACUUUUCCGUAGGACAUAAAUCGGCUCACGCGGCGCCGUGGACGGCGUGGCCAAGCAGUGGACGCCCAACGUGGACUUUGAGGCGCCGCGAAACUGGGACGCGGGACACGUCCCUUCGCCCGUGGACGUGGCCGUGUUCCAGAAGGACACCUUGGUCCCGGUGGUGGUGCCGGCCGCUGGCGUCGACGUGUGCGAGGUCGUGCUGCCCUUCAACGGUCAGCUGAUCUUGGAGCCCAACGCCCGCGUAGUGAUCUCCGCGUCUUCCGAAGCGAUGGGUGGUUGCACGGGACAGGACGUGACUUUUAAACAAAACGCCCCGAUGGAAUGGGUGGAUCCGGACAACUGGUCGAUGGAAAAUUUUAACAUAGCAACGCCACACGUGGAACGGAUACCGUGCGUGCACGAUACCGUCGUGUUCAACCCCGGCCAUUCGUUUUCGGUCAUUGUGCCCGACGUUCCGAUCAACAUCGGAUCAAUGAAGUUCGGGAACCAAACGUUCGGUCAAACCGAAUUGAACGAGUUUCUUUUGUCGGACGUCGGCGAUCAAGAACUGAAGAGUUUUUCCCCCGACAACGAUGUAUCCAUUACACUGACGUCGACGUCCUGCGAAGUCCAUACAGGAUGUGAAUGCGGCACUCAACAACUUUUCGACCAAGUAUGCAAAGUGGCUUCAAAACGCUGCGAUAGUAAAUUGGGCUGCCUAAGUCCAGUGAAACCGAUUGGCCAUUGUUGUUGGACCUGUGGAGCUUAUUUUUUAAUUAAUUACAACCCAAAUAAUUUCACAAUCGAACAAUUCAGCAAAGAAUUCGAAAAUGACAUGCCCAAAUUAAAACCGACGUUUGAAAAAUAUCAACUUUCUUAUUACAUGAGUAAACUGUUGAACGGAAAAGUACAAGUCGUAAUGGCGAGUAACACAAAAUAUGUGGACGAAAUAAAUGAAAUAGCCAAGACCAUACACUCGCAGCUAAUUGCUUAUCAGGGCGUGACAGACGUGAAAAUUUUCAACUCGGGACUGGCUUACGACGCGGACGGUAUGACGUACGGCCAAAUAGCCCUGGCCACAUGCAUCGUCAUAUUUUGCAGCAUGUUGGCAAUUAUGUUAUACUACAACAACGACUGGAAAUCACUAUUGUCUGGCUCCGGGUCCAGUGCUGGUGCUGUAUUCGUCAAAUUCAAAAACGAUGCUAACGAAGCUGUGGAACUGAUCGACGAAGACGUCCGAUUGCAGCGUAAGACUUCGUUCGACAACCCCACUUACGGAGCCGUGGAGAGUAUGAACAAAUCGCAGGCGUUUAAGAAAAUGCAUUCGUAUUCAGAUCUAUCUGUUUUGACGACACCGAGCGACGCGAUGGAUGUUGAACUGCAAGAAACUGGCGAACAAAAGUCAUGAUAUUAUUAUGAACCCGCCAAAAUAUGUGUACGUUUAUUAAUAAUUGGUUUGUUUGUGUGUACAACAGACCGUAAUAUUAUUAUAUUCCUAUGUUUAUGAUAUUUAAUCCAUCCGAAUCGAAUACGAAUCAGACUCGUGUCGUGUUUCGACCAUGAUUGUCGCUGCAGUACGCGAUUAUUCAAAAUAAAACUUUUAUUA